CUAUGUCGCCGGUACUGCCCCUCGUUCUGCAAGAAGCCGCCUAGCUCCUCGGUCUCCGACAGCAGCGAGAAGCAGGAUGCCAACCAGCUGAAAUCCCCUACCGAGGAGAGCCAGGGCGACGGGGAGGCUCCACCGGCCAACGGCUCCAUCUUCACCAUGACCCUCAAGAACAACCACCUCAUCGUCGAAACCGAGGAGAGGAAUGACAUAGCGAAAAAUGGACGUGAAACGAAGAUGAAGUAUUCGCCGGACAACGACGGCAUUUUCGUCGUGGAGGUCCAGCAGUCCACAGCCUACCGCCCCACCAACAAGAAUCUUCAGAAUUCGCCGCCUCAUGAUCCUCAAAUCUCAACCAACCAAGCACUCAUCCACAGAGUUCCCGAGGAACUAGAUAAGAAAAACUUAGAAGAAGACAGCGAAAGAAGCAGCGGGAAAUUUGAAAACCCCAAAGCAUUAGCGCUGUCCAGCACAGGUCUCUCCAUAUCAGACCUCAGCAUGUCCUCCAUUGGGUCCCAUAACGUAAGUUACUCUUAUGGCAGCCAAAUGGGAUAUGAACAAGGACCUUUCGGGUAUCCUGUGUACGCUGGCUACGAUACCAAGGAAGACGCUGUCGAUGGUGGGAUAGUUUGCGACAACUCCCAGGAACCGUUGAUUAGCAAAACCCCAACUGACCCUGACAAACCAGUUGUGACUGCUGCGAUAUUCAAGCAAGAUUCUAUCAUUGGCAACGAUGCGCUGCAAGGUCCUGGCUACUGCCUCGAAGGCUCCACAGACGGUCCUCUGCUGUCAGACGUACAAGCCAGGGAAUACAGCCUCCAACAUUUACACGAUCAGAAAGAGAAGAAACUGGAAAAUGGGGUGGCUGUUUUAAUAUCAGGAAAGAUUGACAGCCCCAAAAAGGUUUUGAAUCGAGCUGAUAGUUUACCAGUACGGUUAGAAGAAGAUAACAUUCCUGACCCUGUCAUUGAGAAAAAUAGUGGUAUGGAGACGAUAAAAGAAGAUGAUUUUCCCAGAGAGAUGAGUAAAGGAAAAAGAGCAUCGCUCCCAUUAAUCAGGACAGAUGUAUAUGAAACGGUGAAAGAUGCUAUUCUACCUUCUGGUUCCCCUAAGUUUGAGAAGCUGAUGAACGAAACGUCUCCUAGAGAAAGUUCUUUCGAAGCACCCCCAAUGAUUACGAUCACCGAAGAGAACGAGUCUGGGAAAUCAGACUCGACUAGUUAAUUUUUAGACAGGUCGAUGUUAUCGAGUAUCAAAUGUACAUAGAUAAGAUGAAAUGUGAUGUGGACAUGGGUAUUUUUGAUGGAAUGGUGAGAUCAGGUUCCAAUGUGAGUGAAAAAAUAUCACAUUAAUCAGACUUGUUCAUAGUUGUGCAAACUUUUGUAUUGAUGGUGUAUUUGUUAUAUCUUGAAUGAAUUUAUUAAACCAUGUUUUUCGUGAAGGUUGUGGAAAUUGUUUAGCUGUCUCACAUUGGAUACCUAGCUAGGUUCAGUGCUAGAGGUAAUUUUGUAAAGUUUCCUAGAGCUAGUUAAUUAAAUGUAAGCUUCUAUCAGGGCUGUUCCGUUGUCUCCAUUGCGUUGAAGUUUCACGUUGCUGUUGUUCAGGUUUCUAGUAGUCUAUAGACGUGGACCACACAGCCUCAGAUCAAAGUGUACAUUUUUGAUAAUUAAACUACAAGUCGGUCCUCCUAGUGGGGGUCUGCCCACACUACGUCUUCCAGCCCGUGGUCACCACUCGAGAACUUUUCU